ACUCAUAUGUUCCAAGCAUUUUGAAUCCAUCUAUUAUAGUAUUAAAUGGGCUGCAUUACUGUACUAGAUUUAAGAUUCGCUCGUUCUGUGGAUUUCCACUUUUGACCCUUCCUAUCGUAGCCAACCUUUUAAGAUUUAACUGUCUCCCUCCAAAGCUGUUGAACAUGGACAACACGAGUAGUUCUGCUUCACCGCCUGCCCCAUCAUCGAACACGACAUUCGUCAGAGCUCCCAUCAAACGAGCAAGGCCACAGCUCAGUUGUGCACCUUGCCGACAAGGUAAACUCAAAUGCAACCGAGAGCAGCCCGUUUGCGACCAGUGUUCAAAAAGGGCGCGUCAUGACGCCUGCCGCUAUGUACCCCCACCCCAAAACAAAAGGCAACAGAAUAUGCGCGGGAGGAUCAGAAAUCUGGAAGACAUGGUAGUAAAUCUUCUCAAUCAGAAAGAGCAGGAGCAAAAAGCAAAUGGUACUUCAGACUCUGAAUCAAAGCCGACGAAAGACAAGCAAGGCCAGCUUCGCAUCAGCAAUUCUGGCAACGAAGCAAACUAUGUUGGCGCUUAUCAUUGGUCGGCAGUAUUGCAGGAGAUUGAGGACGUCAAAACCAGCUUAGACGAGGGCGCAGAGGAUGACCUGGAAGAGGAAGAUGAAAAUGAAGAAUGGAAUUCCGCAAAUGCUAGAUCCUCCCUCACGUUUGGCUUACCUAGAGCUCUUACAAAGACUCAGCUCAUCCAGGCACUUCCCCGAAAAGAAGAAGCAGAUUUCAUAUUGCCGCUCUGGUUCAAUAGUACAAACCCAAUACUGUACAUCAUCCAUGGCCCGACUUUCCAGACAGAAUACAAUAAAUUUUGGGAAGACCCAGCCUCAGCUUCCGUCAUGUGGAUCGCCCUUUUCUACUCGAUUCUAUCUCUGGGUAUAAUAUUAGGGCCUCGAAACCCCGGUAGGAAUGCUUAUGCUGCUGCAUACGACCGUUCCUCCGGCUCGUCCUACGAUAAGAAAGAUCCCACUAAUUUCCUAGCCUCCACAGCCGAUAGAUUCCAACAGCUUGCCUCUUCUGCCCUCGCUUUGGCAGACAUUUCUAGAAGCCAUCCUUAUACCCUGGAGGCCUUAAUGAUAUACGCAGAAUGCGAGUUUCUAAGACGUGACGACCACGACGGGAAGAUCUGGCUCAUGAACGGUAUCACUUUGCGUGUAGCUAUGCGUAUGGGCGUGCACAGAGAGCCCUCCAAUUUUGGGAAUUUGACUCCGUUUCAGUGCGAAAUGCGCAGGCGGGUCUGGCAUACCAUCAAUAUGAUGGACAAUCUCAUAUCCUUUGGAAUCGGGCUACCAGGUCUUGUACGCUGCAUCGAAAGCGACGUGCAACCCCCGGGAAACUAUUACGAUAGCGAUAUAUCCCCAUCAAUGACCGAAUUUCCGAAGGAGCGACCUGUCAAUGAGAUAACUCCGGCCACGUAUACCAUCGCUAAAUGCCGAAUUUCCGAAGUUUUCGCUGAGGUAGCGGAGUUAUCGCACAAGAUCAAACCUCCAGAAUACGACAAAGUGUUGUCCCUCCAAGCAAAACUGGAAGAGGUUCACAACAGUAUGCCAGCCGUGAUGAGAGUUCGUACACUAGAGGAGUCGAUCAACGAUGCGCCCAGACUUAUCAUGUCACGCCUCAACAUCGAGCUUGUCUAUCUCAAGACAAAACUAAUUCUGCAUCGGAUCUAUCUCACUGCUGGGCAACGAGAUCCACGUUAUGCAGAAUCUCGCAGGAUCUGUGUCGAGUCAGCCAUCGAUAUCUUGAACCACCACAUAACUGUCUUUCACGCAUGUCAACCAGGUGGGCAAUUGGCAACUGCCUGGUGGUAUAUCUCAUCUUUGCAGACAUACGAUUAUCUGCUCGCCGCCAUGGUUUUGAGCCUCGAGAUCCAUCAUUUGAUGUCAUCCGAUCCAUCCUCUCCGAAAGUCUCCGAAAUUCUCAAAUUAUUACAGGUCAUUUACGACAUAUGGUCUAACAAUUCAACACGUUUUAGAGAAGUGGUUAGAGGCGCCGCGAUAUUAAAAUCUGUCCUGGAAAAGUACUCGUGGCAAACGAAAGAAAAUGGUACAAACAGUGCCCAACCAAAUGCGCAGACACUCGACAUUGGUACUCUACCUAGCGACACGACAACAUUGACAUCCGAAGCUACCGUGGGGCAACAGUCGCCGAUAAAUUGGAACGCAUGGCCUCCAAAUGAUUCGCCUACGAAUUUGUCAUCUAUACCAUCUGGAAUCGACUGGACGGUUUGGGAUUCAAUCAUGCAGCACCAAGACGUGAUGCUUCCACCCCAGAAUUGGGCAAUGUCCCCGAGUAACUUCAUGGAGACAUGGAUGGGUGCCACUCAAAGUGUUGAUAGUGCAAUUGCCAAUGGCUUCGAAGGGUUCCAAAAUUUUGAAGCCCAACCUGGAGUUCACGGUCCGACUUUGUGGGCACCCGGACCUGAGCCCAUGUCAUAAAACGCCCCCUGGGAUUCUUUUAGUGGCUCUCUGUAUACACAUAAUGAAAUAUAGGCGUGGAAGAUCAUAAGUGCUGGGUUCCCUAUGUGCGCUAACCAAUCACGUGUAAAUCUCAUCGUUGGAGAGAAUUGACCAACGAACCUCACUUCCAAAACCUACACGCGCCAGUAGAUGGCUUCCAGACUGUUGAAUCUCACUGGAAUUCAUCUGCGCACGCCCUUUUCUCAUCUUCAAUGGCCGAUUUGGUUCAGCUAGAACUCACUCUUGUGUGUCUUGUGUGCCACAGGAACCUUGUACCGAAUCGUUCCCAGCUACCACGAGCCUCCGUAACGCCUCAGCACCUUUAAUUGAUUCACCAUGUGCUAUCCGAGAAGCUUCUAGAGCCAUUCCAUGCAGCCACCCAAGUUUCCGACCA